AAGAGCAUCCCAGGGGAGGAAGAGGAUCCUAGUGGGGAGGGAGAAGAGGAAGGAGGGAGUGGAUUUUGCGAGAGCAGAGGGGGUGGCGCCGCGGGCCGCGCCGUCGCCCAGCAUCCACCUCGCUUCCACCCGCCCACCCUUGCAAAGGCGCACCCUCACGCCGCGAGAGUAUCUGGUUAGUAGUCAUACGCUGGCCCGUUGCGAGGCUGCCGAUAUUACCGUGCCUCUGUCCGCUCGUUUCGCUCGCCCGUCCGCAUCACGCUCCCGACAUUCCAUUUACUACGCGUUUAAUCCGCGUGCCGGUGACCCAGUUCGAGCGCGCGGAUUUAUCCGCGGCGGUGAUUCGUCGGCGCGUGUCCGUGCCUCGCGGGUAAACACGGGAUUAGGAGGAACACGCGAUCUCGACGCGACAACGAGUGACAACGGAUUGAUUGAUAACACGGAGGAGAAAGGAACCAAGGUACGAAAAGAAGCGUCGUUGUCUGGCCGAUCGUAUGUGAUUGAGCCGAUACCGGUCGCCUCGCGGGAGGAGGACGACGCGAGAGGAGGCGCACGAUCUCUUUACGCUCCUCAAAUAAAACUCACAUGGUACGUGUUUUGCUUCUCCACUCUCCGCGCCACCCCUACGUGGCUCCCUCUCCGCUAGAUUCGCAUGUGAAGGGGACACGCGUUACCCGAUCCUAGCUGGAGGUGUGCGCUUUCGAAGGGUGGAAGGUUUGGAAAGUUGCUUAAUUCAAAACAAAGGAAGCGGGAUAAGACUACAGUCAUCGUGUAAACGUGUGUUAUUGUUCUGCUCUCGUUAACGAUUGCAAUGUUGAUGUUGGAUGGUACCACGCUUGUACGGAAAUAAGAGGAGAGAUCUUUUUGUUCUUCCAAGAUAUAAGAGAUAAGUGGUGGAUUAACGUCGUCUAGGAGACGAUCACAUGGUUUCCAGCGGAAUUGAAUCGAGGAGAUUCAUAUACUUUGGUAUCGGUGGUAAUUCAACAAAGAGGAAAUGUUACUUUGUAACAGGAUAGAACAGGAUGAUAUAGGGAGGAACGGUUAUCCUUUGUUCUAACUUUAUCACGAAGAGAAGCUGUUGAAGAGCAGCAGCGUAUAGAGAAUCACAUUUUCACAUUUAUUUUUAUGCAACGAAAGUUUGCAAACGGGAAACAAUUAUUUCCGUGGUAUUUUAGUUUCGUUGAUAAUGGAGAAAAAGAAUAAAAUGCUAUAAUGAAAUAGUAUAGAAUAAAUAAGAAGGAGAACAUAUCUAUUCCUUGCUCUAAGAGGUUUCAUUAAAAGAAAUAGAAAUUGAAGUAUCACAUUUUCUAGAAGAUUUUAACCUUUUUAAAGCGGGAAAUCUUGCAACGAAAAAGCUCAAUUGACAAGAACUUAUUCUUUCGUUAUUUUUUAUAAUGAAAGAAUCAUCGAUAAUGAUGCACAAUAAGAAAUAGUAUAAAAUAACGGGAUAGAGACGUAUGGAAUAAUAUUGUUAGAUGAACAUAACGGCAUUUCCAUUCCCAGUGGAUUAAUCUGUUCCGUGUCUCGGAGGAAACGGUAAUCGAUACCAUGGAAACGUUCAUGAUAAUAGGUAUCUGCUUCCUAUGCUACGAGAUGUGCGAUUUGAUCAGACGUUACGCCACACCACAAACCGCCGAGCCUAGACGCUCGUUUCAAGCCUCGACUCAACGAACACAACAACGUAUAUUCUCGAUUUCUCAUAGGAUGCAGAGCCGACCGGCUUGUUGCCCUCAGUAAGCCUCGCCUCUUGUUUCAGCUUCCUACUUUUGACAACUUUUAGAAGAAUCGGUCAACAAUUUUGAGAAAAUUGAAACAGUUUCGAGAGAUGAAUUGUUGAAAGAAUUGAAGAACUGUAUUGUUCUUUGAUUUAUCUGAAUUUCGAAGAAAUUCUAAGGAACCACGCUCUUCGUGCAAUUGUUUCAUUCGCUCUUAAUGUGCAAAGUGAAUUAUCUUCAAUUAUUGACAAAAACGUACACGUGUUAUUUUCGAAGAAAUUUUUAGGAAAAAAGUCCACGUAUAUCAUCAAUUACACGAUUCUUGAAAAAGAAGGAAGAGAAAAUUGUGAAAUUUUUUAGUGAUUAAUAUCGAAGGAGUUAAAUAAUAUAAAAUACAAAAUCGUAGAAGCGAUGAGAAGUAAAAAUAUGAUAAUUUUCUAUUUUUAUUCAGUGGCUAAUGUUCGGACAUCGUGAUAGAAGAAGUAAUUUUGGAAGGAAAAAAAAGAAGAAGAAGAAAAAGGAGGAACAAUAGUGCAAGAUAUAAAAUGUUUGUUCCAUACACGAUUCACGCGUGUGACUUUAUCCGAGCCGCUCGAAGUGGGGGGAAAAUAUUGUUUGCCUGUCUCGAAUCGUAAGAGUUCUUCGUACCUGCGAAGCACAAAAACUUACACUAACUCUUGGCAAAGGCAGAAAUGUGACAAGUAUAAAAAUAAGUGUUCAAAAUAGGUAUCGUUUAAAGGAUACAAAAAUAAUGAUAUCAAAAAAUUUCUAUUAGAGGGUUCUUGCCCUUCAAAUUUUAAAUAGAUGUAGAUCUGAAUAUGAUCACGUGAUUUGUCAAAAUGACAUUCAUGGAGAACGGGCCAUGUUGUCUUGAUAAAUGCAUUUGCACAUUAUGAUGGAACGCAUUGUUCCAAUCGAUACGGGAAUAAACUUAUGGAUCAUCUAUUAUUGCGCUGUUGAUCGAUGAAAUCGAUCACGUUUAAUGAUUAGCGAAAGCGAUAGAAAUCGUUAUUGCAUUCUAUGUUAAAAAUGCGCGUACAAUAAAUAUUUUCUCUUUAAAAGUGUUUCUUGACGAGUCGAUAAAGCCUGUUCACUUUUAUGUACGUAUUGUUAAAUGCUGUGAAAAUUUGAAUUAAGUCGGCUGAUGGAAAAUCACUGCCUGUCUUCGAGGACCGAAUUUUCGAAGAAAUUUCUACCGAAGUGGAAUAGGUACAGUUGGCUGUAAACCAUUGUGCAAAAGAACAAAAUGUAUCGAUUACAUAUAUUCGAGAAUUGAAUGCACAGAUACAGAGAACAAGAGCAAACUACAAGAAUAAUUUUUGUUGAUACAAGUUUGCGAAUAAUUUGUGAUCGAGAUCAUGGAACUCGAUAUAUUAGUAAAAACAAUAUUUGUGUGAUUUUCAUGCUAUUUAUGCCGUGAAAGUGAUAGAAUAUUUCAAUUAAUAUUUUUUUUUUCCUUGUUUGACGCAUCGUUAUUUCCUCCCCGGACAACAAAUGUUGUACUCGUAAUUGUUCGACGUAGAGUACUUUCCCCAGGCAACGAAACAACGAUGUAUUCGAGUUAUAUUGACUUUUUCCAAGACAAUAAUAUAACAAUUCAAUUAUUACAACGUCCUGCUAUUUUUUCUGGACGAUUGAAAAUAACAAUUCAAUCGUGUUCGAGUUAUUUUAUUUGACGGAUUGCCAUUUUUCUUGGACAAUAUUUCCCAACAAUAUUCAAUAUUCAAUUAUAUAACAUCUUUGCUCAUUUUUCUCAAACAAUAUUUCCCAACGAUAUUUCAAUUCUAUUCGAGUUGUUCAACGUAAAACUAUUUUUCUAGAUACAAAUAAAAGAACAAUUCAAUUGUACGAUGUCCUGCUAUUUUUCCUAGACGGUGAAAUAACAAUUCAGUUUUUAGUAAGACGACGUUAUUUGACGUAUACACCUAUUUUUCCAGACAAUGAAACAACAAUUCAGUUGUUCAGACAUCGCCAUUUACCCCAAACAAUAAAACACCGAUUCGAUUAAUACUUCAGUUGUUUGACGUAUUGCUACUUUUCCCAGACAAAAGAAAGAACAGUUCAAUUGUACUUGACGUACGUAUUGAUUGUCCAUCCACUUUUCCAUCCGGAGAAUGGCAGAACGACUCGAGUUGUGCUCGAGUUGUUUGACAUUCGUGCAACAAUUACUUUUCCCGAAGAAUGACAGAACGGCUCGAGUUGUUUAGCAUUCACGUAUUUGUUUCUUUUUCCCAGAGAAAUGGCAGAUCGAUUCCCCUACAUUCGAGUUGUUAUACCAAACUGUUAUAUCGACGUUAUAUAUACAGUUUUGAGUGUACUAUUUACAUGUUAAGAGAAGAACAAUCAUUGGAUAUAGCGUCUUCUAAUCGAAGACCCGAAGUUUGAGGCUGAAAAAGCUCGGUGACACUUGAAUAUUGGGUCUUGAACAGAGGGACACGAUAUACAGGAUCACGAAGAGGAGAGAUGGACUCGCUGGAGCGGUUGAUAAGCUCAGGAUCGCACCAGCCAGCCUUGACGGCAGCCACGCGGUCACAGAACGCCUUCGUUCAGGCCAACCUCUGCUCUGUGAUCGGACGUAAGGGUCGUCACCUGACUGGCACGUUUUGCUUAACGGGAGACACGAUGGAGGGCAUCAUACAGUGUCUGGUGUUCCUGAAAGCGUUUUCGCUGGUGGGCGGCGAAUUCGACAUGGAACUGAACUUCGUGAUUCAGGAUGCACAGAACAUCAGGCACAUGUUGGAACUGCUCGAUCAUUGCCCGCCCAAUCUCCAGGCCGAAAUAUGGAGCGUGUUCAUCGCCAUUUUGAGGAAGAGCGUGCGGAAUCUGCAAGCGUGUACAGACGUAAGCCUCAUCGAACACGUGCUGCUUCGAUUGUCCCGCGCGGAAACUGUCGUCGCAGAUCUAUUAAUCGACAUGCUUGGAGUGUUGGCCAGCUACAGCAUAACGGUGAAGGAGCUGAAACUUUUAUUCGGCGCUAUGAAAGCUGUGAAAGGGAAAUGGCCACGACACUCGGCGAAACUGUUAAACGUGCUCCGUCAGAUGCCGCAACGGAAUGGACCCGACGUGUUUUUUAGUUUCCCCGGUAGAAAGGGAUCGGCAAUCGUUCUGCCGCCUCUCGCAAAAUGGCCACACGAGAAUGGUUUCACGUUUACCACAUGGUUCCGCCUGGACCCCAUCAACUCCGUUAAUAUCGAACGAGAAAAGCCGUACCUCUACUGUUUUAAAACUAGCAAGGGAGUGGGAUACUCCGCGCAUUUCGUAGGGAACUGCUUGGUCCUCACCUCUAUGAAAGUGAAGGGCAAGGGCUUCCAGCAUUGUGUCAAAUAUGAAUUUCAACCACGAAAGUGGUAUAUGAUCGCCGUAGUGUACAUAUAUAAUAGGUGGACGAAGAGCGAAAUUAAAUGUUUGGUCAACGGUCAAUUGGCUUCGAGUACUGAAAUGGCGUGGUUCGUUUCAACAAACGAUCCGUUUGACAAAUGUUACAUCGGGGCUACACCGGAACUGGAUGAAGAGCGCGUGUUUUGCGGACAAAUGAGCGCUAUUUAUCUGUUCAGCGAAGCUCUGACUACGCAUCAGAUAUGCGCUAUGCAUAGACUGGGGCCUGGAUAUAAGAGUCAGUUUCGUUUUGACAACGAGUGUUACCUGAAUCUGCCUGACAAUCACAAAAGGGUGAGUGAUGAGCCGGAGCUCACGAGCAUGGUGGACCAAAGUAUGCAAACUGUGCUUUACGAUGGAAAGCUAUCGAAUGCGAUUGUGUUCAUGUACAACCCGGUAGCAACGGAUUCUCAACUUUGCUUGCAAAGCGCACCAAAAGGAAACGUCUCCUAUUUUGUACAUACACCACACGCCCUUAUGCUACAGGAUGUUAAAGCUGUCAUCACGCAUUCCAUUCAUAGCACGUUAAAUUCCAUUGGUGGCAUUCAAGUGUUGUUCCCUUUGUUCUCGCAACUAGAUAUGCCUUACGAUUGUAUAGCUCCCAACGAUGUUAAACGAGAUCCAACGUUAUGCUCGAAACUGUUGGGGUUUAUUUGCGAUCUUGUCGAGAGUUCGCAAACGGUGCAGCAACACAUGGUGCAAAACCGUGGGUUUUUGGUGAUCAGUUACAUGCUGCAGAGAGCGAGCAGAGACCAUCUUACGACGGAAGUCCUCGCGUCCUUUUUGGAGCUGACGAAACAUCUGGUCACUUGUCUUAGCGCGAACAGCGACUUGUUAUUGAAACAGCUAUUGGACCACGUCCUUUUUAAUCCCGCUCUGUGGAUAUAUACGCCGGCUCCGGUGCAAACCCGGCUUUAUUCGUACUUGGCCACAGAGUUCCUCAGCGACACGCAAAUAUAUUCUAACGUGAGGAGAGUGUCGACGGUAUUGCAAACGGUGCACACGCUUAAGUACUAUUACUGGGUCGCCAAUCCUCGGGCAAAGAGUGGAAUCACUCCCAAAGGACUUGAUGGACCGAGGCCACAGCAAAAGGAUAUUUUGACAAUACGUUCUUACAUUUUGUUAUUUCUCAAGCAAUUGAUCAUGAUAGGGAACGGGGUGAAGGACGACGAGUUGCAGAGUAUAUUGAAUUAUCUGACGACAAUACACGAGGAUGAAAAUUUACACGACGUUUUGCAAAUGCUUAUAUCUUUAAUGUCGGAACAUCCCUCGUCCAUGGUGCCUGCUUUCGACGCGAAACAAGGCGUCAGGACGAUUUUUAAGUUGUUAGCAGCGGAGAGCCAAUUAAUACGUUUACAAGCCUUGAAAUUGUUAGGAUUCUUUUUAAGCCGCAGUACACACAAAAGGAAAUAUGACGUAAUGAGCCCCCACAAUCUCUACACGUUAUUGGCCGAAAGAUUAUUGUUGAACGAGGAAACAUUGUCAUUACCUACCUACAACGUUUUAUACGAGAUCAUGACGGAGCACAUCAGCCAACAGAUCCUCUACGCGAGGCAUCCUGAACCAGAAUCCCAUUAUCGUUUAGAAAAUCCAAUGAUCCUCAAGGUAGUGGCGACUCUGAUUCGACAAUCGAAACAAACGGAACAAUUGCUCGAAGUGAAGAAGCUGUUCCUCUCGGAUAUGACAUUGUUGUGCAACAACAAUCGAGAGAAUCGUCGAACUGUUCUACAGAUGUCUGUAUGGCAGGAGUGGCUUAUAGCCAUGGCGUACAUUCAUCCGAAGAACACGGAAGAGCAAAAAAUCUCGGACAUGGUGUACUCGUUGUUUCGCAUGCUUCUCCAUCAUGCUAUCAAACACGAGUACGGUGGAUGGCGCGUAUGGGUGGACACUUUGGCCAUCGUGCACUCCAAGGUAUCCUACGAGGAAUUUAAGCUUCAAUUUGCUCAGAUGUACGAGCAUUACGAGAGGCAAAGAUCGGAUAACAUCACGGAUCCUGAGCUGAGACAGCAAAGGCCGAUCAGCACUAUCUCUGGCUGGGAUCAACAGCAUUCGGGGAAUAAUGGUUACAACAAACCGUCACCCUGGAGCAAUCAACAGACUCACGAUGUGCAACACGUGGAGAGGAAUUACAAGGAGUUCGACACAACGGAGGGUAAUGACAGGCUGGAGGAGUCGUGCAGUUGCGACUUGAAUUCGAUAGACAACACGGAGAGCGACGGGAGCCCUGCGAUCGUCAAGUCUCGUAGCGAAACGUUGGACACGGCGCAAUCGAGCGAGGCGAUAUCCCUGGACUCGAGGCUGAGCGACAAGCCAGAGACGCCGACUACGGCGCGAGAAAUCCACACGGAUACGCCUACGAUCCUCGAGGAAGGGAACAGCGAGGCUGCCUCCAUUCCGACCACCCAAGAAACCAGCGAGGCGAUAUCGAUAGAGAGCUCGAGCGAUUUCUACAGCGAGGUACACAAGAUCGAGGGUUCCAGCCCGGAUUCCAUGGUGGUGCAAGAAGUUCUGAAGAAAGACGACGAUCCUUCCGAGGCGAAAUCGCAGGAUGAAGCUGUCUCUCCGUCCGAAAAGAAAGAGGAGAGCGUGUCCCAGGAAGACGUGGAGCAGCCGAAGGAAACAACGGACGAGUGUGACGUUUCCCACGUGCAAAAGGGCGACGAAACCGAGGGUGAAACCGAGGAAAUGGAUGGUCAAACGGAAGUGGAGGAGGCUGGAGGAGAGGUGAAAGUUGAAGCUGGGAUCGUCGAAGCCUGCGUCGAAGCUGGAACCGAGGUGGAAACCGAGGGAGAGACUGAGGUCGAGGCUCCAUCGAGGUUGGAAGAGGCGAGGAACGAAGAGAUAUCGAGUUGUUCGAUGGACAACGUUGCUUCCAACGAGGAGACUUCCCCUGAUAUUGUUCUCGAUAAGGGGGAAGAGGGAAGGGAGAAAAGUGCGGAGGAGGACGUUGCCGGCUCGGAGCAGCAAGCCGAUACGGAGCACGCGCCGUCGUCCGUUCCCUCGAGCGAGACGCCAGAGCCGUUGAUCAUCAAGGAUAUCGAGAAGCUGCAAUUGGAGAACGAUCGCGAGGUGAUCGACAGCGAUACCUCGGAGGCUUACUUGACACCGACCGAGAAUCAAGAUAAUCUGGCCGACAUGAAGCCGAAGGAAGCGAUGGAGAAGAUGGAGGACAGCGAGAAGGGGGUGGAGAAGGGUGUCGACGUUGAGAAGAGCGAGAACGACGACGGGGAGGCUGGGAAUAAUUCCAAUUGCUCAACUAGCGUAAUAGAGAGUAACGAAGCGGGCGACGAGGAGGAGAAGAAGGAGGACGUAGACGUAGACGUAGAGGGGAAAGUGGAUACAUUAGUAGUGACUAGUGAGUUGUUAAGUAGUGAGAAAUGCGCCGUGGACUCUGUGAAAGAGGAGAAAAGUGCCGUUGUUAACGUUGAUAACGGGGUGAAGGUUACUUACGACAAACAACAUUCAAGGGAGCCGUCCACUAUUUCUACUAACGUAAGUGAUAAUCAGUCAGACAUUCCAGUGAGAACCGAGAACGAGGUAGAAGUAACAGAUAGUGUUUGUAGUAAUAGCGAUAUUCAAAGUUCUGUAGAUAAUGUGACGCAAGUGCCAAAUCCUAAACAGCAAAUUCCAACAAUAUCUACGGUCUGUGAUGCAAAUAAAAAUAUGCCCGACGGUGUGCCUCAAAUCGUUAGUUCUACAGUGGUUGCGAGGGAUAAUUCUUUGUUGAUGAAUGAGUUAACUUCGGAUCACGUAGAUGCUCAUCGCAGAUCCAGCUUGCCGGCUGUGUCCUCCGAGACGACCACCGACGAUAAUAACGUAAACGAACCUCCCUCCUUACCUGUCCCCUUGCGGAAAACAUCGUCACCUCAGAAACGACCAAGGAGUGCCUCAACGUCCACGCAAGUGGAUCCGAAUCAUUUCGAAUCAAAACGAUCGAAGCAAGGUAAUCCUUCUACGAGACCAAUGUUCAGUCCAGGGCCGACUCGUCCUCCUUUCAGAAUACCAGAGUUCAAAUGGUCUUACAUACAUCAAAGAUUACUCUCGGAUGUUCUCUUUUCGUUAGAGACGGACAUUCAAGUUUGGAGAAGCCAUUCGACCAAGUCGGUGCUGGAUUUCGUGAACAGCAGCGAAAACGCAAUUUUUGUUGUUAAUACCGUACACCUAAUUUCCCAACUGGCCGACAAUCUUAUUAUCGCCUGUGGGGGAUUGUUACCGCUUCUAGCUUCCGCCACCUCGCCAAAUAGCGAAUUGGAUGUAAUUGAACCAACUCAGGGGAUGCCAAUUGAGGUAGCAGUUUCUUUUCUGCAAAGACUAGUCAACAUGGCUGAUGUACUUAUCUUCGCCAGCUCUUUAAAUUUCGGUGAACUGGAGGCUGAGAAGAAUAUGUCUAGUGGCGGUAUUCUAAGGCAGUGUUUAAGACUGGUCUGUACAUGUGCCGUUAGAAACUGCUUAGAGUGUAAAGAACGUGGCAGAUCGUACAGCAUGUUAGGUCGGCAGAUUGGUUCUAGUAAUAAAUCACAGCACAUACAGUCUCUUAUACGUGGAGCUCAAACAUCACCCAAGAACAUAGUGGAUAAUCUGGCGCAUCAAUUAAGCCCUGUCAAAGAUCCUGAGAAAUUGCUGCAAGAUAUGGACGUGAACCGUUUAAGAGCUGUGAUAUACAGAGAUGUUGAAGAAACCAAGCAGGCCCAGUUUCUGUCCCUCGCUAUAGUUUACUUCAUCUCUGUACUGAUGGUAUCAAAAUAUCGUGAUAUAUUGGAACCACCAAUAUCCCAACGUCCACCAAGUCCAAUUCAAACAAUACAGACUAAUGGUGCUAGUUUAAGACCAGGUAGCCCUUCAGCAGAUGGGAAUGGUGGUGGAGGAGGGCGGCCCCUGUUUCCACAGUGGUCUCACCACGUGUACCCACAGUUCCUCCCGGGAUCUCACCCUAACGCCAAUGCGAAUGCCAAUGCCAAUGCCAACCACCAUAUGAACCAGCACCACCACCAGCACCCGCUACCGGCUGCCAGGCACUCUAAUCGCCAGCCCCCCUCCAACUAUUAUCUCCCGAAUCACCACAGUAAUCAUUACAACCAUCAUCCGAAUAACCAUAACUAUUAUCGUCAUCAUCAUUACCAUCAUCACAAUAACAACAAUCAUCAUCAUACGCUUCAAAAACAUAUCGAUCAGCCCCGAAAUCUCUGUCAUAGAAACUCCGGUGUUGGUCUGCAAGGAAGCGGAGGUAUUAUGAGCCAAGCCGGUUCACAAGACGACGGUGAAUACGAGGUGAUAAUAGUCGACGAGAACAACUCGUCGAUCCUGGCGGAUCACGACGUUACAUCGUCGGGACCUCCAUCGACCAAGGGAGGUCACAGUGGCGUACCUCGGCCACGGACAAUUCUCGAGGAUUACACCUCGUCAGAACCAACGCUUGGCUCUUCGACAAGAUCCACUGAACCACUGCCACGAAGUGUCCAGAGUAACGACUCGAGCGAAGAAACGGUGCAUCGUAGCAAUAUUACCGCGGAUGCCAGCCCCUCAGAGGUUGCAACGGACAACGAGAAUAAGCACAAUUCCUCCGAGGAAGCGUGGACCGACGUAAAUCUGAACGAAGACGGAGACACGAUCCCGAUCACGAAUCAAAGGGAAGAUCCGCGAAACAUUCACAACAUGGCGCACUCUCGCGGCGAAAUCCAAGACAGCGAAGGCAACGUUCUGGAGCAAGGGAUGAUGGGGAACGCGGAACGCGGUGAGAAACCUUCCGGUGAGAUCUCGGUGGUUCGCGUGUCGGACAGAUUGGUGAUGACUUCCGCGUCGCCACGACCCGAUGAAUUACCGAUCAAGGGACUGGUCGAUCAUCUUCCGGUCCCGACACCCUCGCGCGAGGCCUCGCUCACGCAGAAACUGGAAAUGGCGCUCGGCUCCGUUUGCCCGCUUCUGCGCGAGAUCAUGGUCGAUUUUGCCCCUUUCCUCUCGAAAACGCUCGUCGGCUCUCAUGGGCAGGAAUUGCUGAUGGAAGGCAAAGGUAGGACUCGUUUGACCACCUUCAAAAACAGCAAUUCGGUGGUGGAAUUGGUGAUGUUACUGUGUUCCCAAGAAUGGCAGAACUCGUUGCAGAAGCACGCGGGCCUUGCCUUCAUCGAGCUCAUUAACGAGGGAAGGUUACUGUCUCACGCGAUGAAGGAUCAUAUCGUAAGAGUGGCCAACGAGGCUGAAUUUAUCCUCAAUCGUAUGAGAGCGGACGAUGUGCUCAAACAUGCCGACUUCGAGUCGCAAUGCGCUCAAACAUUGCUCGACCGACGGGAGGAGGAAAGGAUGUGCGAUCAUCUGAUCACAGCCGCACGAAGACGGGAUAACGUUAUUGCUAGUAGAUUAUUGGAGAAGGUCCGUAAUAUUCUGUCAAACAAACAUGGCGCUUGGGGAUACAUGGAUCCAAUGGCUGCAAAGUUGGCCGAAUACUGGAAGCUAGAUGCUUGGGAGGAUGAUGCACGUAGACGUAAGCGUUUCGUGCACAAUCCACUAGGCUCGAGCCAUCCCGAAGCUACACUGAAGGCGGCCCUCGAACACGGUGCACCCGAGGAUGCGAUCCUUCAAGCGCGUGAAGAGUUUCACGCGCAUCUCGCAGCCUCGCGUGCACACCAGCAGCAAUUGCAGUCGGCGGAUCUGAUGGACGACAGUGAGCUGUUGUCGGACGACAGAGACCUCGAUAACGAUCUGACAGGCCCGGUGAACAUCAGCACGAAAGGAAAAUUGAUCGCGCCCGGUAUCGUGGCUCCUGGUAUUAUCUCUGUGACGUCCACGGAACUUUACUUCGAGGUGGACGAGGACGACCCAGAGUUCAAGAAGAUCGACAGCGAGGUGCUCAAGUACUGCGACCAUCUGCACGGAAAAUGGUACUUCUCGGAGGUGCGCGCGAUAUUCUCGCGGCGAUAUCUGCUCCAAAACGUCGCCAUCGAGAUAUUCCUGGCCAGCCGAACCUCGAUCCUGUUCGCGUUCCCGGACCAGGCGACGGUGAAAAAGGUGAUCAAGGCGCUACCGCGGGUCGGCGUUGGCAUCAAAUACGGGAUUCCGCAGACUAGGAGAGCAUCGAUGAUGUCGCCCAGACAAUUAAUGAGGAGCUCCAAUAUGACGCAGAAGUGGCAGAGAAGAGAAAUAUCAAAUUUCGAGUAUCUCAUGUUCUUGAAUACCAUUGCUGGACGAACUUAUAACGAUUUGAACCAGUAUCCGGUAUUCCCUUGGGUGUUGACUAAUUACGAGACGAAGGAGCUCGAUCUCAGUCUGCCUAGCAACUAUCGUGAUUUAUCAAAGCCAAUUGGCGCGUUGAAUCCAAGCAGAAGAGCUUACUUCGAGGAACGCUUUCAAAGUUGGGAGCACGACAGUAUACCGCCGUUCCAUUACGGCACGCAUUACUCUACAGCCGCUUUUGUUCUGAACUGGAUGAUACGCGUGGAGCCGAUGACAACGAUGUUCCUCGCUCUUCAAGGCGGGAAAUUCGAUCAUCCGAAUCGAUUGUUCUCCUCGAUCGCUCUCUCUUGGAAGAAUUGCCAACGCGAUACCUCGGAUGUCAAGGAGUUGAUCCCAGAGUUCUUCUUCCUACCGGAGAUGCUGGUGAACAGCAAUCGAUAUCGCCUGGGCAGACAAGAAGAUGGCAGCGUAGUCGGCGACGUCGAGUUACCCCCGUGGGCGUCGUCCCCGGAAGAAUUUAUACGAAUCAAUCGAAUGGCUCUCGAGUCGGAGUUCGUGUCCUGUCAAUUACACCAAUGGAUCGAUUUAAUAUUUGGCUACAAACAAAAAGGUCCAGAAGCGGUUCGUGCAACGAAUGUAUUCUAUUACUUAACUUACGAGGGUAGCGUGGAUUUGGAUACGAUAACUGAUCCAGUUAUGAGGGAAGCCAUAGAGAAUCAGAUACGGAACUUCGGUCAAACACCCUCGCAACUUUUAAUGGAACCACAUCCCCCGCGAAGUUCGGCGAUGCAUUUGAUUACCCCAAAGUUUGACAAGACGUUGCCACCCGUUUUGCAGUCGCCGAUGAUGUUUUCGAGUAUCCCAGACGACAUCUGCAUGACCAUCAAGUUCCCAUCCAACUCGCCGAUUUGUCAUAUAUCGGCAAACACUUAUCCUCAACUACCCUUACCAUCCGUCGUUACAGUCACAACUGGACAGCAAUUCGCUGUCAACAGAUGGAACACGAAUUACGCGGCAUCUGUACAAUCGCCGAGUUACGCGGAUACUCCUCAAGCUCAAGCUGCUAAUCAACCCUUGUCCAUGGAUCCAGUUCUGUCUCAAGCAGCGAACAGUUCGAAUCCCACCCUUCGUCGCCACUUGGGCGACAAUUUCAGUCAAAAGCUCAAGAUACGAAGUAAUUGCUUCGUCACCACUGUGGACAGCAGAUUCUUGGUUGCUUGUGGUUUCUGGGACAACAGCUUCCGCGUAUUCUCUACCGAAACUGCAAAAAUUGUACAAAUAGUGUUCGGCCAUUACGGAGUUGUGACAUGUUUAUCACGCAGCGAGUGCAACAUCACGUCUGAUUGUUACAUAGCAUCGGGAAGUGCCGAUUGCACCGUUCUGUUGUGGCACUGGAACGCGAGAACGCAGACGAUCGUCGGCGAGGGUGAGGCACCAGCGCCGAGAGCCACCCUCACAGGACACGAGCAACCUGUGACUGCAGUUGUUAUUUCCGCUGAGCUUGGCUUGGUCGUUUCCGGAUCUUAUUACGGACCAGUUCUCGUACACACGACUUUUGGAGAUCUUCUGAGAUCGUUGGAAGCACCAAAUGGAUUUUCGUCGCCAGAGAAUAUCGCCAUGUCGCGGGAAGGUGUUAUCGUUGUGAAUUACGAACGUGGACACAUAGCUGCAUUCACUAUAAAUGGGAAACGGCUUCGCCACGAGUCUCAUAACGAUAAUCUUCAAUGUCUACUUUUAAGCAGAGACGGCGAGUACUUAAUGACAGGUGGCGAUAAACGAAUCGUCGAAGUUUGGAGAACGUUCAAUCUUGCUCUCCUCUAUGCAUUCCCAGCUUGCGAAAGCAGUGUCCGUUCUCUGGCACUUUCGCAUGAUCAAAAAUUUUUGUUGGCUGGCUUGGCAAACGGAUCGAUCGUGAUCUUCCAUAUCGAUUUCAACAGAUGGCACCACGAAUUCCAGCAACGCUACUGAGACUGCUUCGCGUACGUCUAGCAAAGUCGAACGAGGCACGGACGCGGUUCAUCUGUCGUUCGUCUUCCUUGCCCAACAUCCACAGAUUAUUCUCGGUCACGGUGGACGGGUCGUAACGGUAACAUCCAUUUAAAAGUCAGGUCUCGCAGCAUCCGAUCGCGUGUACAAUACCAUUCGAACAGAUCAACGAUUCGAUCGUGACGUGUGACGAAGGAAAAAUUGCGCCGUGCAAUAAAAAAAAACAGCAGAGGAUUGGACGAAGCGUUUAAGUUUCUCGAAUGAGAAGCGAUGAUGAUGAACUCGGCCGGCUCUCUCCGGGCUGUUUACAGAUAGGAGCAACGAGCAACGACGCUUUCGUAAUCGUUUAAUAACAAUCGAGUAGUGGGCGCAGAACAGAACAAUAGUCGCCGUGCAACAGGUAUACUCACUCAGAUAUAAUUAAAUAUUCAGCGUUUUAGCAAUAAACGGAACGGGGAAAAAAAAGAAAAAUAAUAAUAAAUAAUUAAUAAUUCGCUUUCUUCGAGACUCUAUGGGAGAGAAUAUUCGAGUGCUUCCGACGUGAUGGCGCGCGAAGUUUCGGGGGAACUGGCCAAGCUCGUUCACUGAUUCUCGUUUCCGAUGCUCGAGCUUUCUAAGCCAUGCGAAAAAACCGAGAGAGAGAAAGAAGAAAGAAUUCUAAAAAAAAAAAAUUCGCAAGAACUAAUAACUAAAAAUGAAUCAUUCCAAUCAUUCUCCAUCUCUCUCUCUCUAUCUCUCUCUCGAACCGCUAGUCAAUUACAAACACAAUUCGAAUCGCUCUAUCUGUAUCGCUUGAGAGAAUACUCGAAGGCCGGAUUCUCUCGACUCGCCCCGUUCGAGGAACGAGCGAAUUCCUCUGAUCAGAAGAAUAUCCUCGAAAGCGAUCAAAUCGCGAAUAAUCUCUCUGCGUGGUAUGCCGUGGCCAUGGUUUAAAUUUCCUCCACUCAGGAAAUUCACGCGUAUGGUUUGGUAUGGGGCCCGGUGACUCGUGUAUAGCGCUACCAACGUCCCGUAAAUGUAAAUAUCUCUACAACGUAUAAAUAUAGAGGAACAAAAAAAAAUAUAUAUUAUAUAUAUAUAAUACAUUAUAUAUAUAUAUAUAUAUAAUAUCAAUACAUGCACGCAUAAUUCCGUGCUAGGAUGUCGAGUGAAUGAGUCAUAGAUGAGAGAGAGAGAGAGAGAGAAAGAGAGAGAGAAAGAGAGAGAGGAAGAGAGGGAGAGAGAGAGGGGGAGAGAAAGAGAGAAUUUCCGCGCUAAUAAUUGCUGCUCGUGAUAAAUGAGACACUUUUUGGCUAAGCACACUUUAAUAAAUUUCGGUUUUACUGAGAUGUAAGAACGUAAACGACACACACGUACACACAGUUAUAUCCACAAGUUUAUAUACACAAAUUUUUCUCCACGAAUUUAAUAUUUAAUAUUCACGUACACUUGGACAAGGAGUGUUACACGUUUGCACAAAGGAAAAAAAAAAAAAAAGCAUUAUUGUCGCAAAGGGGGGGAUCGACGCUUUUUUUUUUUUCGCCGCGUGUACACUGAACCGUAUCCCGAAGGAAACGUCACACUAUUAUAUAUAUUAUCGAUCACCGAUGAAUCACACACGUACACUCGAUCAUACACGUCCCGCAACACUUCCUAUUCCCCGAUAAUCACGUCCUUCUAAAGAGAUCCUAAUUUUUGAUCAAAGCCGUCCAGCUUAACUUUUUGCGAGGAUAUUUCUUGGUAUUUUCGCACGCGAUGUGUAAUUAAUCAGCAGAGGGAACGAAAGAAUUAUUAAAUAGGCUUUAAAAAAAAGAAAAAAAAAAAAAAGAAAAAAAAACGAGCGAGUCUGAAUCACGUGGAUUUACCCAGAAUUCGUUGGGAUCGUAUUUGUCGUUUGUGAGCGUGUAUCGCCCGUGUAUGAUGUGAUUCGAAUGAAGGAGGAACAGUUUUUCGAGGGAAAAGAUCAUGAGGAUUGAUAAACGAGAAAUGAAGAAGGAAUCGUGUCGAUGCAGGUCAAAGAUCAAAGUCAAAUCGAAACAAAUCGUCGAGACAAAAGAAGAAAAAAAGGAAAGAAAGAAAUAUAGAUUUGUUCGAGAAAUAACGAUCCAUGAGACUCUUGUCUACUCGUCGCUGUAUCACGAAUGCUAGUCACUCUUUCUUUCUUUUUUUUUUUUUUUGAAACAACACUAUAUUAACUGGGAUUAAAGAGGAACGCGUGUGUGCACAGCUUUCAUAUUGUUAUUAGAUCAACGCCAACAUCGUAUGCCAGCGUCGUAUCGUUUCAAGUGAAGCGAAUCGACGAUGAGUCGUCUUUUUCUCUUGUUAGAUCUCGAUGCGUUUCCCUUCGAUAAAAGAUUCGUUUGGCGAUUUCUCGAUUAGAUUGGUCUUCGUGAACAACCAUCAAGAUUGAAUGGCAAGGGGGACGAGAAAGAAAUAGGUGAGAAAGAAGUAUAAAUGGGGGCGAGCUGUGUAAAUGAGAAUAAAAUUAGGAGCGAAAGUUUUUGCGGUUACGUCGGUAAUCCAGCCACGUGACGUGUCUCGCGAGUUCGAUACUUAAUUUUUUAAUCAAUUUCUGCCAUUUUGGAACGUACUUAAUAAUCAACAAUAAUCAAAAAAAAAGGGAAUGGAAUAGAGAAGUUUUCUGCGUAUAAUGAAACGCGAUAAAAAAAAGAAACCACUCGUCUCAGGAUGCUUCUAGUCAAGAAUCGUGGCGAAUAGAACGUGGCUGAUUAUCGACGAAAUCCCGAAUUCCUUAGAUGUCAUUGAUUAACACUGAUUAAAACUGAAAAAAAAGAAAAAAAGGAAAAAGAAACAAAAAAAAGAAAAAAAGAAAUCAUGUUACAUGAUACUAUCGUCUACGUGGUAGGUGUAAAGUGUAAGUGCAUGAUGCCGUCGUUCUAGCGAUCAAUCAUUCUUGAGCUUGCGAAACAAUGAAAACAAACAAACAAACAAACAAACAAACAAACAGACAAACAAAGGAGGGGAGAAAAAAGAAGAAGAUGCGUAAACGAGAUGUGUAACGUUGUAUAAUAAGGGAUUUAUUAUAAACGUUUUUUAGUGUCGGCUCUUGUAUCGUGCACGCCGUGGCUCGCCGCCAUCGGUCUCGUUAAUCGUACAAUUUAUACACGCAUAGGACAAUGUUACGUGUGCAACAACAAUGUUAAAAAACAAUGAUAUUAUAUCGCUACUAUUCGUUAUGAGCGUGCUUAUUGCAUGGUUGUUCGUGUCGUUUCGUUCGUAUGUCAAAUGGGGAAGGAAAAUCUGAGGAGAUGGAGGAUAAGAGGAAAGGAAAAGGGAUGAAAAGUGUGAAAGAUCGAGAGAGAAAGAGAGAAGCGAGAAGAAUCAAUGUGCAUGCGUUUGCUACAUGUGUAUGCAUGAGUGCGUGUAUGAGGAAGAGGAUUGUGCCUGGUGCUUUGGAUAAUGUUAAUUUCUCGCGCACGCGUGGAGAUAGCUUGUCACGCGUGCAACCUGUUCACACAUUGUACUUAAUGUACAGUCCGAGUAUUAUCGACACCUUAUUUUCAUUACGAUUACGGAAAAGGAAAAGGGAUAGGUGAGAAGAUUAAUAAAAAAAAAAAGAGAAAAAAAAAAGAAAAAAAAGGGAGGAAACAAAAAAUGAGAAGCGCGGCAUAUGUCACGUGUGACAUUUCGACUGCAUUCUGCUUUUAUACGAUGUUCUUUCUUCAAAUUUGAGUCUUUUUAAAAGAAGAAGCGAAAGAAACGAAUAUUUUGGAUCUUUCGAUUAAAAUUAACGUAAAAUUAACGUCUUUAUAAGAACAUAAACAUCAAAGCAGAAGAAUAAUCUCGGUUGAAAUGUAACACGAUGAACGAAAGAGGAAAGACAAAAUGGAGAGAAAAAAGGGGGCGAGAAAAAGAAAAAAAAAAAAGAAAAAAAAAAGAGAACAAAAAGAUUUUAAAAAGAGGAGAUUUUUUAUAUUUGUUUAUAUAGGUUCGUGAGAAUGCUGCACUUUUCGAGCAAGUUGUUAGUAAAUUCCCUCCAUAUUACUAUAUAUAUAUAAUACAUAUAAAAAAAAAUAUAUAUAUAUAUAUAUAUAUAUAAAGGAAGUUAACAAACAAAACAAAAAAAAAAAAAUCAAUUUUCUGUCCGUACUCGGUACACAUAAGAGUAACGCUACUAUUUUAAAUAACGCUAAGUACAACGCUACAACAAAGGUUUGCCUAUAUAAUUAUUAUUACAACUACAUUUUAUUCUCAUUAUUAAUUCAUAUGAUUAUAUAUUAUUAUUAAUUAUAUCAUUACUAUGAUUACGAGGUAUAUACAUAUAAUUGAUAAUAGUGCUCUCGACAUCGCACGCGUAAGUGAGUGCAUUUUGGCACGUGUACUUAUUAAUGAAUAAUGUAAUCAACUAAUAAUAUCGCUCAACAAUGUGAAACGACACGUUAGUAAGAGGAAGAAGAAGAGAGAGAGAGAGAAAAAAGAAGUAAGAAGAAGAAGAAUAAAUAAAUAAAUAAACAAAUAAAGAAACGGAGAUUUGUACAAUUGAAAAACGAAUUAGGAUUCGAUGAUUUUCGUGUCGAUGAUUUUCGUGUCUAGCCAAAAAAAUAAGAAAAAAAAAAAAAAAAAAAAAGAAAAAGAAAAAGCACGAUGUUCUUCAUCCGUGAAUCGUAAGAAAGCGCGAGCCGUAUGCACUGUGUUAGAAAAAAGAAAAAAAAAGAAAAACAAGCACAUACAAAAAACAGAUUUAAAAAAAAAAAGAAAGAAAGAGGGGGAAAAAAAAAACGAAAGAAAAACGAAAUAGAUAGGCAAAAACGUAAAAAAAAAGGGGAUUCGUGUAGAUGUGGAACUGCCCUUGCGUACAGAUUUCAAAUCAAACGUUUUACGUUUUUUUUAAGCGUAAUCAUGGGCGGAUGAAAGAGAGGAAAGCGCAUAAAUGUCGCGGUAUAACACUUACUCGGACGCUUAGUCGUUAGAAUCGUAACCUGUUCAGUAUUUAACUGCGCCGCGAGCCGAAGAAGAAAAUCGCUACGAUGACGUACGAUCGAUUCGAGAUCGAUGAUUUUCCGUGGAUGGAUAAGAUCGAGUGACGAGAAUCGAUCGAUUGUAAAUUCGAAAUCUUAUCGUCGAAUAUCAAUAAUUCACGUUUCAACAAAAAGAAAAUUUCCUCAUCGUCGCGAGCUUCUUCUUACACGCGAGAUACUUUUCCAAUCAAUCGAUAAAAGUCAAUAUAUGCGAGAUUGUAGAGAGCGAAAGAGAGGGAGAGAGAGAGAGAGAGAUAGAAAGAAAGAAAGAGAGAGAGAGAAAGAGAGAGAGAGAAGAAAUAAUAAUAAAACAGAGAUAAAAGAAAAAAAACGACGAUGAACACGAAGAAACACAUACACACACAGAGAAUAAUAAAAAACUAACUGUAGAGAAAAUCAUGUAGAGCUGCGAUUGUUUAAAAUCGAAAUCAUCGAGUUUCAUCUGCGUCAAAAUAGCGUUUUAUAAUCGUGAAUCCGUUUCUUAUGGUAAGCGAUACGAUUUAAAUAAUUGUACAGCAUUUGUAAUGCUACACGAGCCAUCCGCUCUGGAUUAAGCUUAAGCCCAUCCGGUUUCACACGUACAAACACACUUACACACACAUACACACAUAGACAGAGACACACGUAAAAAAAAAAGAAACAACAAAACACAGAUCAAUUUAAUCGCUGCAGUUACAUUUCUUCAAAGACUGAACAUCGUUCCGCGGCAUAUUGUUUUCUAUGUAUACAUAAUGUAUAUUUCACCACCACGUUACGCCAUGUCAUUGUUGAUCGUAAUUUCAAGCUACUAUUUAGAAACCGCGUAUUCGAAUCAAUGGAACAAUGGAGAAUUUUCGAUUUUACUGCGCAACUGAAAUGGGAUGAAAAAAUUAUUAGAGGGGAGGAGAAAAAGCGGAUUAGAAAAAAGAGAAACGUAAUUGGGACACUUGGAAGGAAGAAAUAUGUAAUGUAUGGCCUAACUUUUUCACAAUUAACGACGCGAUUUAGAUGAUACGUAGAACGCCUGAGAAUGGAGCGAAGAAAAAAAAAGAAAAAAGAAAAAAAAAAGAAAAACGAAAAAGAAAAAGAAAAAGGGAAAGAAACAAACAUGGAUCGAUGUUCGAUCGACGAACAAAUGACUGCAAAGUUAAUUAACGUUUUAAAUGAAACCUCGAUGCUUGUCUAAAUAUGAUUUCCGAUCGAAAGCCAAAAUUGUAACUGCGACACCGCACGUCGAUCAGUCUCGAGUCGGAGACACGGACGACGCAGGUUAAAUUCCCGGCACUUUUAACAAAGUACUAUUAAGUAGAGGUACUUAAGUCGUUGCUACAUACCAAUAUAAGCUCUAUUGCUUAUUUUAUACUUAGUAUUAUCGUAACGUUUCGAUUAGAGGUAACAUAAUGGGAAAGUUGUAUCUUAGCAUAAGGUAGACUAAUCUGUAAAGAUAAGUAGUCAAAUAAAUGAAAAGUACAUUUGA